GGCCUUGACUCCACUCCGCGUCCCCACCCAGGGCCGGGGCGUGGCGAUGAAGGGCGGCCGCAAUCCUAAGCGGGCCCCCGGCGGACCUGGUGAGGCCGGGUCAGAUGGACGGCAGGGCAGGGGAGGAGCCAGCCGGGCCCGGAGGGUUUGGCCCUGGUUAGGGAGCCUGGGGAGCAUGGGGCCCGCAAUGCGGAGGCCGCUGCCUCGCGUGCGCCCCCUGCCGGGGGACUCGUACCUGUCCUGGGGUGGAUGCCAGCCCUUCGCCCCAGCAGACCGCCCCCUGGUUCCAGCUUACGCCCCGUGCCGCCCUGGGCGCCUCCAGCGCCACCUCCUGAGCGGCGAGUUCGACCAGCUGCGCGACUUCCCCAUCUUUGAGAGCAACUUCGUGCAGGUGACCCGGUUUGGAGAAGUCGCCAACAAGGUCACCAUGGGGGUGGCAGCCUCUAGUCCAGCCCUGGAGCUGCCAGACCUGCUGCUGCUGGCUGGCCCUGACAAGGAGAACGGACGCCUACAGCUCCUCGGGCUGUUCCCCUUGCAAUUCGUGCAGCUGUUUGUCCACGACGAGAGCCGCCAGCAGCUCAAGGUCAAGUUCCGCACUGGUCGUGCCUUCUACCUGCAACUGCGCGCACCGGCAGAGACCCGCGACCGCGAGUUCGGCCGCUGGGUGCGUCUGCUCUACCGUCUGCGCUUCCACUCGCCCGCCUGCGCAGUGCCCUUCACGCACGAGGACACCGCGCCUGAGGAGGAUGAGGAGGAGGAGGAGGUGGAAGAGGAGGAGGAGGAGGGCGAGGAGGGACAGCGGCCCCCGGAGCUCCAAGCCAUAGAGGCAAGACUGGACCCGCAGGUCUCAGAACUCUGGGGACUCUGA